AUGGCUGCGGCUAUGUUUCCCGCAACAAUCAGUCCGUCAGAGCUCUUCGGCCCAACCUCGAACUCAGAUCUGCUCGAUGGGGACUCGAGCUCGUGCUCGCACAUACAGGACGCGUUUGCGGACGAGGAGCUGAAGCAGCGGAUAAUACACGCGUACAAUAAUGCGGUGGGGUGGCGAGUGCAGAGGUUGCAUGACAAUGCACAUGCGAAGAAGCGGCAAAAGCUUUCAGCGCCCGAGUGUGGGACAUGCCGUAGGACUCUGGCUCGACCAUUUGUCUGUUUACAAUGCUCGUUUGCGGCUUGCUGGCAAGAUGAACAUAUCUCAGAGCAUCUUGCGGACGAGAUCCAUUACUUUGGAGUGGACACGAAUACCGGUGCCGUCUUCUGCAGCGAAUGCGACGACUUCAUCUACGAGCCAACUUUGGAUACUGCAUAUAAAAGGACGCUACUCGCCGUAGACGAGAAGAACGCCCACUUUCUGCUUGACAGGCUACCUCGAGAACUAUACCAACCACAACCACCAAUAGAUGACGCUGUGCUAGAGGCAUCGAUGACUCGCAUCUCCUGCCAAAGUAGAUGCGGACUCUUGAAUCUCGGCCAGACCUGCUUCCUAAACGUCGUCCUACAGGCCCUCAUUCAUAACCCAUUGAUACGCAACUACUUCCUCGCAGACAAGCACAAUUACGUCCUUUGCGAAAACAUGGAGUGCACCUCGUGUGAGAUGGACAAGCUGUUCACGUCUGUUUUCUCACCUAAUCCUGCUCCUAUUGGACCGACAGGACUUCUCGCUGCUACUUGGCGUUCCUCGUCCGGGAUCAACGGAUACUCACAACACGAUGCGCACGAGUGUCUUAUUGCACUUUUGAACUCUAUCCACGCCUCGACGCCUGCCUCUUCGGAGACAGCGUGCUCUUGCAUAGUGCACGCCACUUUCGGAGGAGUGCUACAGAGUGAAGUUCGAUGCGGUAGAUGCGCGAACCCGAGUCGCACACCAGAGGAGUGCCUUGACAUCAGCCUGAGCCUGCACUCUUCUAGCACAGCCGAUACUCUGGCCAACUGUCUAAAGAGAUUCACGAGCCCCGAGACACUGGGUGCGAAGGAGUACUCGUGUCCCAAAUGCGGAAAGGCGCCGGGCGAGACUGUCAAGCGAAUGAGUAUUACAAAACUACCUCCGGUUCUCUCAUUCCAGUUCAAGCGCUUCGAGCAGACAGGGCCGGCCUCGGUGCGCAAGAUUGGCACCCCAGUCCGCAUACCCAGUCGCAUCAACAUGGCGCCGUAUACGCAUCUCGCACAGGCCGCGCAGGAUUACGAACCCGGAUCGUUCCUCAACCAUCCUGGACCGGAAGGGAUGUACGAGUACGACCUGUUCGCUAUCGUUAAUCACGAAGGUGACCUCAAUACGGGCCAUUACACGAACUUCGCGCGUUUCGAAGACGAGUGGUACAAGUUUGACGACGACAAGGUCACUCCAUCGACUCUUUCGUCGGCCUUGACCAACCCCAUCCCCAUCUACAUGGCCUUCUACGUUAAACGCGAGCUCGAUUACGGCCCUGGUUCAGCCCCAGUCCCACUCCCGGAACUCGGAGGAGUAGUAGAUGAGCUCUUCGACGCCGCAUUCGACCCCGAUGUGCCCAUGUCUUUGGAUACCACAGCGAUGGAUACGAUGGACACAAAUUUUUGGGGCGAUCCUGCGGGCUUCACUACCAAUCCUGGCACAAAUCUGGGAGGUGGGAAUCUUUGGGACGGGAACGUGUGGGAGAAUGAAGCUCAGCGCCGGGCACAGGAGGUGGAGGAUGAGCUUAUGGAGUUGGUAUGA